CGAGACAGAACUAUAUAGGUACGCACGAUUCUAAAGCAAUAAGCAUCGGGUAAACGCGUGCAGCAGUAAACGGCCGCCGCAGUGCAAGGGUAGGUAGGUAGCAGAGAAGAGCCUCAGGUCGGAGAGUAGCCCGUCGCCGCCGCCGUCCCCCAGGAUGUCCCAGCAUAAGCAGCAGUGCCAGCAGCUCUGAUACGCGCGGAGAGGACUCUCCUUUGGACUGUUUAUCCUCUUUUCGUGUAUUGUAUGAGACGGAGCGUCUCUUCCUAGACGAAGCGACAGUUGGUCUUGUUGCCGAGGACGAGAGAGAGAGAGAGAAAGAGAGAGAGGCGUGUUGCACCAACGCAGCUCGAGGUGAAAGGAAGGAUCCACUCGGAAUAAGGUCAGGAUGGCAACGAUACGCGUGCACGAGGAUCAGGAGAAUCGUCGGCUUCCCGGCAAGGAGAACGUCGGACUGGCGCAGCAACAGAACAAGCGGGCCGUCCUCGGGGUGCUUUCCAACAACUUUGUCAGGAGCGCCAAGCCUGAUGCUUGCAAAGAAAAUGAAAAAUUUGGCAAAGCAAAACAGAACAACUAUGUUGCUCCUUACAUUGAGCCAUUCACCAUCUAUGAAGAGAAGAAAGAGGAGCCAACGUUCCAAAUCUAUGAAGACAAACUGCAGACUGAAUCUUCUAUUGUUUUGAGAGAUGCACACGAAACUAAAAAAAUUGAAGUUAAACAAUCAAUAGAAGUGAAGGUCACAGUGGAAAGGGAGAAGCCUGUCUUGGAAGUCAACCCAACCAUACAAAGCACUGUUCAACCAUAUAGACCUGUUCUUCAAGAAAUUGAAGAGUACAAACACGACAAUGUCCUUUCACCUGAGGAGGGUCCUAUGUCUUUAGACAAAUCGCUUCUUUUAACAGGAUCCAACCAGAAAGAUUCUCGUUCUAGAAGAGAAACUUGUAAAACUAGCAGAUCUAACUUUUAUGACAUUGACGAGUAUCGGGCUGACAUUUAUCACUACUUCAAAAGUGUCGAAGUAAUGCACAGACCAAAACCAGGAUACAUGAAAAAGCAACCAGAUAUUACGUAUUCAAUGCGAACAAUUCUGGUUGAUUGGCUAGUCGAAGUAUCUGAGGAAUAUCGUCUACAAACGGAAACGUUGUACUUGGCUGUAUCUUACAUAGACCGAUUUUUGUCUUACAUGAGUGUAGUUAGAGCCAAGCUGCAGCUUGUUGGUACUGCUGCUAUGUUCAUUGCUGCAAAAUACGAGGAAAUUUACCCACCAGAAGUCGGCGAAUUUGUGUACAUCACGGAUGAUACUUACACAAAGAAACAAGUCCUGAGGAUGGAGCACUUAAUUUUAAGAGUACUAUCAUUCGAUCUUACUGUUCCUACUCCACUAGCUUUCUUGAUGGAGUACUGCAUCAGCAAUAAUCUUUCGGAAAAAAUUCAGUAUUUAGCGAUGUAUUUGUGUGAGUUGUCACUAUUGGAAGCUGAUCCUUACUUGCAAUACUUACCAAGUCAUUUAGCGGCAUCAGCGAUUGCGUUAGCUCGGCAUACCUUACGAGAAGAGGUUUGGCCACACGAACUCGAGCUGUCUUCAGGGUACAGUUUGCAAGAUCUUAAAGAGUGCAUCAACCACCUUCAAAGGACAUUCAAAAAUGCACCAAAUCUACCUCAACAGGCAAUACAAGAGAAGUACAAAUCUAACAAGUAUGGACAUGUUGCAUUACUCUUACCAAGGAGCAGUGAGCCAUUUGAGUGCGAAGACUCAGAGAGCGCCUAGGAUAAAUAUAUGUAGUCCGAAUUUGAAUUGAAUAAACACCACUCGUCCGUAAUGAAACCGAACGUAACGAACCUCCAGUCAAGGAAGCCUUUGUUGGUCGAAGAUAUACUAGGAGGGGAUCUAGGCAAGACUGAAGGACUGUUUCUUUUUUAACAAAAGAAAAGUGCAUAAUGUUUUAGCACAUUGUUAGUCAUCCAGGUCGAUCGUUUAUGCGCGACUUCUUUCAUAAUGCAACAUCGAUCUGUAUUUUGGGGAUGAUCUCCAUUUAUCGCAAAUGCGUGUGUAGGUGUCGAUGCAAAUUUGAAUAGUCGUUUGUGGAGCUCCAUCAUUACAUUAACGAAUGAAGCUCAUGAGAGAAACAUUAUUUUAAAUUUGUUGAAACUUUCAUAGUUAUAAAUUUUUUUAAAAAAACUUUUUAGUCGAUGCUCAUAUACCAUAUACUCAGUCACUCAAAAAUUUUUGUCGUUGGUGAUUUUAAUCUUUAGACUUGACGAUUAUAACUGUGAACAAAAUGUAUUUUUUGUAUUUCUAUUUGACAGUAUAGGAAACUUUUAGAAUAUAUUUAGGAAACUUUUGUGAUAAGGAUGUUCUGUGGAACUUCGAAAAAUUUACUGAAAUUGCUUUUGCGCCAUGUUAAUAAAUGUUGAGUAACGAAAUUUGUAACUAUCUACACAACUGGCAUGAUUUUAUUAAAUUUUGCGAAACGUUUUUAAAUUCUUUUAUAUACAAUGAAAUUUCCUCGUGACAUAAAUAUUCAAGAAGUUUUCAGUAUGCUAAAUGUGACUGAAAUAAAUCUUAAAUUAGUUUUAAGUCUUAAAAAUUGUUAAUCAAUUUGAUGCGUAUCAUCUGCAUAAUUUGAUAAAAAUUAUAUAAUAAG